CUCCCCACCUCUUCUUUCUUCAAUCCAUGGCGUCCACCGCAAGCUUCCCUCGGUGGAGUCAUCAAUCCGCGGGACCGCAAGGCAGCAGCACUUCAGCAGCAUCUAUCCAUGGCGUCCACCGCUGCUUCUCUCCGCCUCCCCUCCCCUCCCCUCUCCGCCCCCGCGGCCGCGGCCUCCUUCUCCUCCGCCACUACCCUCCGCUUCCCUCUCCGCCGUCGCGGCGCGGCGCGCCCCCUCGCCGUCGCGGCCUUCAAGAAGCUGUCCGAGGCGUCCCCCGUGCCCAUCCCUCCGGAGUCCGCCCAGCCCCCGCUCGACGAGGAAGCCCUGCCCCCCAAGCCCGGGGUCUACGGCGUCUACGACGCCGCCGGGGAACUGCAGUUCGUCGGGAUUUCGCGCAACGUCAGGGCCAGCGUCGAGGGCCACCGCCGGAAGGUCCCCGCCGACCUCUGCGCCUCUGUCAAGGUUUCAGUAGCAGAUGAGGAGACACCAGAUCGAGCGGUCCUUACUAAUGCCUGGAAAUCAUGGAUGGAAGAACAUAUAGAAUCCACAGGCAAGGCACCACCAGGGAAUGUUGCUGGAAACAACACCUGGGUUGGUGCUCCGCAGAGGCCUCCAGACUUGCGAUUGACACCUGGUCGCCAUGUUCAGCUGACUGUCCCACUAGAACAGCUGAUAGAUCGUCUGGUGAAGGAGAACAAAGUGGUAGCCUUCAUCAAAGGAUCAAGGAGUGCUCCCCAGUGUGGAUUCUCACAAAGGGUGGUGGGUAUCCUGGAAGCACAUGGAGUGGAUUUUGUAACUGUUGAUGUGCUUGAUGAGGAACACAACCAUGGGCUAAGAGAAACCCUGAAGACAUACAGCAACUGGCCGACAUUUCCUCAGCUUUUUGUUGGAGGGGAGCUUGUGGGAGGCUGUGACAUUAUUUCAUCCAUGGCUGAAAAAGGGGAGCUUUCUGCCCUGUUUCAGAAAUAGGGCUCACGUGUUAAGUUCAAACUUCAAAGUAUGCUCUUUGGCCAUUUUUACUGUUGUACCUGAGAAAUUUAAGCCUCUCCCUUUCCACAUUGCUGUAAGUCUUAGGUCAAUGUAGUGCAAAAUUACUUGGCCUAAGAAAAUGUUCAUUUGGAUUUUCAUGAGGCUGUCCUGCUGAUGUGCUUAUACCAGGAUAUUUCCGUGAGGAGGCUUAGAAUUUGAGGUUAUCUGUAUAUUUGUUAUUGCUUCAGAUCCUGUACGACAUGAACAAUUUGGAGCUUCAUGUUAAAGAAUAUGUUGCAAACAUCGAUGACAGUUUAAUGGAAAACUGGUUUUGGUACAA